UGGUCGCGGGGUGAGAGACAUAGUAAACGGGACGAGAAGGAGGACUCGCGGCACGCUCGGCGCUCGGCUCUUUGAAUCCGCGUUCGUCAGUCGCAGACGCGGUGCCGACGCUCGAUUGCAAACCGAUUGCAGACCGAUUUUGCAUUACUGACUGAUCGUUAGUCAUCCGCACGAAGGUAGAUCAAGAGAGCUCGGUGAGCGAAAUAACCGCAAAUUGCAAAUCGAAUCAUUUUCGGAAGGAGGAGAGAUGUGUCCAGUCGGCAUGAGGACGUGCGUAGUCCUGAGCACGAUCGCGCUGGCGAUAGUGCUUACGAACGGAGAUAAGAUCGAUACCCUUAUCCCAUGCCGAAAUACGUCAGAUUGUAGGAGCAUGUCGACACUUCCGAGUGACGCUUUUUGCAAAGACGGGUUAUGCAUGUGUCCAAAAGUAGACACGGGAGAUCAAGCUUGCUCUAGCAUCAACGCAUCUAUGCACGAGAAUAAAAUUUCAGGUCCGCUGCUUUAUCGAACGUGCAUACACGCCCAAGAUUGUAACUUCCUGGGCGGAAUAUGCAACACUACUAUUCGCCAGUGCAUUUGUUUAAAAGACUACGUGCCGUCGAGCAAUAAACAUCAUUGCGUCGAAAAGAUCAACGCGAUUGAAGCUUCUUGUACAGAUGAAAAUCAAUGUUUAGCGUUUGUGCCGCACACUACUUGCGAGAACAGUAAAUGCGUUUGUAUAUCGGGUUAUCAUUACGCAGACAACGCAUGCUGGAAAGUAGCCGAGUACAAUGAGCCAUGCACGAAAAACCAGGAAUGCUCGCACGUGAAGGGUGCUAUCUGCACGGAUAACAUGACAUGCGGAUGCGCGGCUGAAACGGUGCUGAAUAUGGACGGCAAGAAGUGUUUGGCGGCCGCCAAAAAGAUCCGGAACGAAUGCACGGAGUCAAUACAGUGCACGGCAACGUUCGAGUUUUCAACUUGCGUCGACAAUAUGUGCCAGUGCGAGCAGAAUUUUCAUUACGAACACGAGCUGACGAGAUGUUUUUCCAACAAAGCGAUCGGCGAUGAGUGCGCGAACAAUUACGAGUGUUACCAGGCCGAAGAUUACGAGAACGAUCCGUCGAUUAAGUCUGUGACGUGUAACUCUAACACAUGCACGUGCGCCGACAAUUACAUCUUAAGCGAGAACAAGUGCGUGAGCGCCGGCUCGUCCUUCGUUGCGUCCUUGUCAAUAAUCAUCCUUGUAAUAACGCUGACUUUCUUUUCAUGAAGUGCAAAAUACGAUUUCUUAAAAGAGGCACACAAGUCGUUAAUGGAGUUGAACUUUUAAUGAUUAUAACAUUGUGCAUGCGCAAGAGAAAUUUAAUCUCAAGGAAGAAACGCAAGUAGGCCUGGCGUGGUUGAGGAGGCAAUUCAUUCUCGGAUUAUUUACUUGCGGAUUAUAAUUAUUUAUGUUAUCAUUCGCGAGACUUUUCUUAAGGACUUUUAAAAAUUCCUAAGGAAUGCCCGUGAAUUUUUCACAUGUAAUAAUAUCACGUUAACGCACACUAAUCUUAGUCAAACGAUACCUCGCAAAUCAAGGUGUAUGGAAUUCAGAGAACUUCCUCUAUAUAUAUAUACAUAUAUAU